AUGGAACGAGAUGAAGAGGAAACAACAUCCGCUUCACAACAAGCAACAUCAUCCCGACAAUUCAUUACUCAUGACGAAUUGUUAAACCAACAACGAAAGAUGACUCUCUAUGAAACCGUUGAAUAUUAUUUAUUAUAUUCUGAUUAUAGGGUGGAUCAACAAGUGAAGGAAUUGAAUGCUAUUGAGCAAACCUUGAUGAGAGUACAACAACAAGAAUCAUCACAAGAAAAUUCUUCUUCCCAGUUAAGAAAUAACGAAAAUAACCGUUCCUUGAAAUCAUUGUCUGUUGGAUCAUCAAUUCCAAAGCAACUGAAGCGAGUCCGAAAAUUGAAAACAUUUAUGAAUGAAUAUGGAACUGUGUGUAGAGAUUUUCUCUCACGCAUCAAGCAAAAUCAUUCACUUGGUGAAAUCAAUAUUGAUGCAAGUCUCAAAGUUGUAAAUGGAAGAAGGAACAAUUCAUCGACAGCAUUGUCGAACCGUAAGGACUCAAUGGCUGAUAACCUUGUAGAGAAUAGAUUAGAAUUGCUACAUUCAGCAUUCCACACCAAGUGUGUACACAAUCAUUUACUUCCCUUCAUAAGAAAAUCGCUACUCUUAAAGGCAAAACAAAAUAUUGAACGAGACAAGUUGUAUGGUAAUGUCCACUCAACUGAAGAGCUUUUAUUAUUAUACCAAUUGAAACAUGGAAAUAAUGAAAGAUGA